AUGCGAGCCAUCUACCUACUCGGAGCCAUAUCUCCGCUGGCCUUGUCGACUAACCCGGUUGCUGCGAAGAACUUUACUUCCAGAAGUGUUGACCCUCUCUUAUCGGCCUUUGACGAUCGCCCGCCAGAGUGUCCUCCGUGUUUCAACUGCCAGCUUGAUGCAUUCCAAUGCCACCAGUUCGCCGACUGCAACAAAUUCACCGGAAAAUGUUCAUGCCCACCUGGAUAUGGAGGCGAUGACUGCUCAAUGCCGACAUGCGGUUCGCUUCCGGAUGGGCUGAACCGUGGGCCUCGACAAGACAAGUACUGCGACUGCAAGGAUGGCUGGGAAGGCAUCAAUUGCAAUGUAUGCAAAACCGACGACGCCUGUAAUGCUAUGAUGCCGGAAGGAGAAGGUGGUGUUUGUUACACACAAGGUCUGACGGUGAAAGAGAACCAUCAGAUGUGUGAUGUUACAAAUCGCAAGAUCCUAGAUCAAUUGAAGGAGCGCAAGCCACAAGUGACCUUCUCUUGUAAGGAGGAAGAGGAGGGAGAUAAGAAUUGUAACUUCCAAUUUUGGGUGGACCAAGUCGAAUCGUUCUACUGCGCCCUCGAUGCUUGCAAGUGGGAUAUGGAAGCCGAAUACGAUCGCAACACCACGACUUAUAGGUGCGAGAAUGUGAAAUGCCAAUGUAUACCCGACCGAAUGCUCUGUGGCGAAGGCGGCUCAGUAGAUAUCAGCGACUUCCUGACCGAAGAGAUCAAGGGCCCAGCCACCUUCAGUACUGUUUCAUCCAGUGGCGGCAAGAAUGACGGCAGCACCUUCAAGGAACCUGCUAUGGAUGACUUGAUCAAGAGUAUCUUUGGCGACGAGAGUAUUACGUUGCAAUGUCGCUCCGGCGAAUGUCUCUACAGGACCGAUGUGCCCGGUUAUCAGAGACCAGUGAAGCAGAUCAACACUCCACUCAUUGCAAGUGUUAUUGCUGGCUGUGCUCUGUUUGUUGUUGCUGUUAUUUUGGCCAUAUGGUACCUUUCUAGGCGUGCAGCUUAUCAUGGUUAUGGAGCUGUCCGCCUGGACGAGUCAGAUGACGAAGUCGACAAACUUCUUACUGAUCAGCGCGUGGCUGCCCUACUCUUCGACCGCGUGUCAUAUAAUUUGAAUGGCAAGCAAAUCUUACUGGACAUCCAAGGUGUCGCACAGCCCGGAGAGAUUACCGCUGUCAUGGGAGCCUCCGGAGCUGGAAAGAGUACAUUUUUGGACAUUUUGGCUCGCAAGAAUAAGCGCGGUGUAACACAGGGAGAUUUUUAUAUCAAUGGAGAGAAGAUUAGUGACGCUGACUUCAAGAGCAUGAUUGGUUUUGUCGAUCAGGAAGAUACCAUGCUUCCUACAUUGACUGUUCACGAGACUAUAUUAACCAGCGCUUUACUGCGGUUGCCUAAGGAUAUGAGCCGAUUUGCUAAGGAGCAACGCGUGACUGAGGUGGAAAAGCAACUAGGCAUCCAUCAUAUCAAAGAUCAAAUUAUUGGCUCUGAGGAAGGUCACGGGCGUGGUAUUUCUGGUGGGGAGAAGAGGAGAGUAGGAAUCGCCUGCGAACUUGUCACCAGCCCUAGUAUUCUCUUCCUUGAUGAACCCACAAGCGGUUUGGAUGCCUUUAAUGCGUUCAAUGUUAUUGAAUGUCUUGUGACCCUGGCUAAAACAUACAACCGCACUGUCAUUUUCACGAUCCAUCAGCCACGCUCGAAUAUUGUUGCCCUGUUUGACCGCUUGAUUCUUCUGGCCAAGGGGCGAACUGUGUAUUCUGGCCCUUUCUCAUCUUGCCAGCGGUACUUUGAUCACAUUGGCUACCCUUGCCCUCCAGGUUUCAAUAUCGCUGAUUUCCUUGUUGACCUAACCAUGCAUGCUGGCGGCUCCCAGGCACCGGUUGAAGAUGCCUUCCUUGACGUACAAAGAGAUAACCUCAAAACAGCUUCGAGCAGUCUUCGCGCAGUCAAAUCAAUUGCUAGCGCAUCUAAUGUCAGCAUUGAAGAGACGGUCAGGAAUAACCAAGAAAACUCAUCUCGCCCAUCUACGAAACGACAACAGUCUCUGAAGCAACGUCAAGACAAGCAACUCUUCACUCGCCAAAACUCACACUGGCUUCGACUAUCCUCUCGCAAUAGUGGCGCACCCCAGGUCACGGAAGAUCUUGAUAAUCUCCCACCUCCUGCUUCUGGAACCACCGACUUGGAUGCUCUUGUUGCUAGCUACGCCUCAUCAGAUGUGGCCAACUCUGUGCAUGAGGAGAUUGUGACUGCGGUAGAACGCGCAAAUGAUGCCAACGCUACCCCCAAUGCCGCGGCCUUUGGCAACGUUCUAGCAAAGGGCUAUGCCCGCAUCGGUCUUGUGCGACAAUUCAUCAUUUUGUCCAAUCGAACAUGGCGCAACCUAUACCGUAACCCAAUGUUGAUGCUGACGCAUUACGCAAUCUCUAUCCUUCUCGCAGUUCUUUGUGGAUACCUGUUUUACGGUCUCACGGAUGAUAUCAAGGGAUUCCAAAAUCGUCUUGGAUUGUUCUUCUUUAUUCUUGCCCUUUUUGGUUUCAGUACCUUGACAAGUCUUACUGUAUUCUCGUCUGAGCGACUGCUCUUUGUUCGUGAGCGUGCGAACGGAUAUUACUCUCCUCUUGCAUAUUUCUGUGCAAAAGUCAUAUUCGAUAUUGUACCUUUGCGCCUCAUUCCUCCACUCAUCAUGGGUGUUAUUGUUUACCCCAUGACAGGACUGAUUCCAGCAUGGCCCGAGUUUUUGAGAUUCCUUCUUAUACUGGUUCUCUUUAACCUGGCCGCUGCCGGAAUCUGUCUCUUUAUUGGAAUAGUCUUCCGCGACGGCGGCGUGGCCAAUUUGAUUGGAAGCUUAGUCAUGCUAUUCAGUCUACUAUUUGCCGGUUUACUACUGAACCACGAUGCCAUUCCUCCUGCCGCUUUGUGGCUACAAACUCUCUCCAUUUUCCACUACGGCUUUGAAGCCUUGAUUGUCAAUGAAGUUACCUUCUUAACGCUUAUCGAUCACAAAUACGGACUCGACAUUGAAGUGCCCGGAGCUUCGAUCCUGAGUGCCUUUGGGUUCGAUACCCUUGCGCUAUGGGGAGAUGUAAUUGGCCUGGGCAUUAUCUCUGCGGUGUUUAUCGUACUUGCCUAUGCUGCCAUGCAUUUCUUACUCGUGGAAAAGCGAUAA